CUCCCCCACCCGCUCCCCCACCCGCUCCUUCACCCGUCGCCGCGUCCGCGUCCGCGGGCUCGGAGGCGGCGGAGGGCAGCGCGUGCGGCGAAGGGGCGGUGCUGCGCUGCGCGUGUGAGCUGGCCGCCUCGCGGCUGCUCUACCUCGGCUUCGACAGCGAGAGGACGCUGCACGCGCUCGAGGGGGCAGAGGCGGCGGAGGCGGAGCUCCGGCCGCGGCCCGGGCUGGCCCUCGAGCUGCGCAGCCCGCCGCUCGCGCUGCAGUCGCCGGUGCAGGGGCGGCUGUUCGCGCUGUGCGAGUUUGAGCUCCUCUGCUUUGCGUUGGGCGAGGGAGGGCGUCUCGCGCCGUCCGCCUCGUUCCGGCUGAGCGAGCUGCCGCCGCCGUCGGUGUCUUCGGCGGCUGCGGCUGACGGCGACGAGGAAGGGGAGGAGUAGCAGAGGCCGGAGGGGCGAGACCGAGAAAAGGUGCAGCGGUGACUGUAGCGUCGGGGGCCAAUCGUAGCGAUCCUAGGUGCAGCGUUGCCAGAUCUCGAAUGGCCGGAGCCUAAAAAUCAGUAACCAGCCUCCGGCGGGGCCCCCCGCUACCAUCCAAACCGAGUACCGGUCUACUAAUCAUUGACAUUGUUU